UCCCCUCCUAGGUUGCUUAUGAAUAUGCUGAAAAGCGUGAGUCCCAGCAACACACUGCAUGUGCCUUCCUUUUCAGAAACAAUUACUUUACCUCAUUUAUCCAUAAUGGAUGCUACUGCCUCUUGGUUCCCUUAAAAGACUUUGUAGAGGGACUUUACUUUCAAAAUACUUUUUUUUUUUUUGUGUGUGUGUAUGUAAUUAUCUUUAUUCAUAUACUAGUUCAGAUGCCUAUAGGCUAUAUGUGCAUUUCUCUGUAUUUUCAUAUAUAUGUAGACAGAUAAUAAGCAUCUUGAUAAUUAGAAUGAAACUAAACUCUUCGUUCUGUUUUAAAUUGUAUUUUACAGGUGGUAAUUAUUUUACUGGUGUUUUUCCAUGAUGACUACAAACUUCUAGGAUUUAGAACCGAGUUUACUGUGUCUUGAUCAACAUUAAGCUUGUGAUUUGACCCUGAAUGUCUCUCCAUAGCACGCUGAAGUCAACAUAGAUGUCAGGACUUAGAAUGCCUAUAGGGGCUGCUGACAAACUACCACAUUCCUUUUUUUUUUUUUUUUUUAUUUAUUUUUAUUUUAGAGGCUUGAUAGAGGCAUCACCUUUUCUUAAAAGAUGCUUGUCACUUUAUGAACUUACACUGCUCUCCAGUGUAGCGACCUGGGAUGCCAUCAGGAGCUCGAAUGCCCCAUCAGGGGGCUCCCAUGGGUCCCCCAGGUCCUCCAUACGUUGGAAGCCCCUCAGUGCGACCUGGGAUGCCCCAGACCGUGAUGGAAACAACAAGAAAACGCACUGCACCACAGCAGGUCCAGCAGCAGCAGGUGCAGCAGCAAGUGCAACAGCAGCAGCAAGCCACUCAGAACCGAACCAGGAGAUCCGGGAGCUGGUUCCUGAGUCCCAAGCCUACAUGGAUCUGUUGGCCUUUGAACGCAAACUAGACCAGACCAUUAUGCGGAAGCGUGUGGAUAUUCAGGAAGCGCUGAAGAGGCCAAUGAAGCAAAAGCGGAAACUGAGACUUUACAUCUCCAACACAUUUAAUCCUGCAAAAUCUGAUGCUGAUGACUCUGACGGCAGCAUUGCUUCAUGGGAGCUGCGAGUGGAGGGGAAGCUCCUGGAUGACCUCAGCAAACAAAAACGGAAGUUUUCGUCUUUUUUUAAGAGUUUGGUUAUUGAGCUGGACAAAGAUCUUUAUGGACCUGACAACCAUCUUGUGGAGUGGCACAGAACUCCUACAACCCAGGAAACGGAUGGCUUCCAGGUGAAAAGACCUGGUGAUGUCAGUGUGCGGUGCACAUUACUCCUCAUGUUGGACUACCAGCCUCCACAGUUUAAACUGGACCCACGACUAGCCCGUUUGCUGGGCAUACACACACAGACCCGGUCAGCCAUCAUCCAGGCUCUCUGGCAGUACAUCAAAACAAACAAGCUGCAAGACUCCCAUGAUAAAGAAUACAUUAACUGUGACAAAUACUUCCAGCAGAUCUUUGACUGCCCACGGCUAAAGUUUUCUGAAAUUCCUCAGAGACUCACUAACCUGCUGCUGCCACCAGACCCUAUAGUGAUAAACCAUAUAAUCAGUGUUGACCCAAACGAUCAGAAGAAGACAGCUUGUUAUGACAUAGAUGUAGAAGUUGAAGACCCAUUAAAGGGACAGAUGAGUAGUUUUCUUCUCUCAACAGCUAACCAACAGGAGAUUACAGCAUUGGACAACAAGAUUCAUGAGACAAUUGAAUCUAUAAAUCAGCUAAAAAUACAACGUGAUUUCAUGCUGAGUUUCUCCAAAGAUCCCAAAGGAUACAUCCAAGACCUUCUCCGGUCCCAAAGCAGGGAUCUUAAGGUGAUGACUGAUGUAGUUGGAAACCCAGAGGAAGAACGCAGAGCUGAAUUUUAUCAUGAGCCAUGGUCUCAAGAGGCUGUGAGCAGAUAUUUCUACUGCAAGAUCCAGCAGCGCCGGCAGGAACUGGAACAAUCUCUGGGAGUGCGCAACACAUAAGUACUGUUCACAAGAUCCCAUUGGCAUCAUGACCACCAAACCAGUGGACUUCCCAGUGUUACUUAGCUCACUGUUACACAUGGACCUGCUUGCUGACUGGAUGAGAAUGUACCAUCAGCACACCAGUCAGAACACCAGCUUUGAGUGACCCUUGAAAAUCUUGCCCAUGGGGUGUGUCUCAAACAAUUCAAGGCCAGAGACAGCGCCAUACAGGUGUCAGUGUUAAAGAAGAUUAAAGGUUCAUUCAUCAACGCA